AUGGACGACGUUUUUGAGGAGCAUUCGCCGACUGAAACGCGUUAUGGUGGCGAUCACCUAGUUGAAGCUUUAGCUUCACAAAUCGAUACGGAAAACAUCAUGACAAUUAUCAGUCUACAAAAAAAGUCCCUUGGUCGUUUCGAAAAGACUAAUGAAAUGCUGUUGAACUGUUGUGCUCUUUCGGGAAAACGUUUGGAAGCAGCUAAGAAGGAGAUGGUUGAAUACAGAGAUAUGAUAAUACAAAUGAAGGCGGACCUAGAAUCAAUUUUUCGAAGAAUUACAAUUUUUAAGCAGCGUUUGGCUACACGGUACCCAAAAGUCUACCAGGAAGUGGGUAAGCAAGCUCAACUGUGUUUUCAGACGAGGAUACAACCAGUUGUAUUUAAUGAAUAUAAUUAG